GAGGCAGAAAGGGGCACAACUCGAUAUAUGGCUCCAGAAAUGAUUGACUGCCCUGAGGGUAGAAUUUUUAAGAACUUAUCGAGUUUAGACAUUUCGAGUGUGGGCUGUACUGUUGUAGAGAUGAUCACUGGAUCACCACCAAACUCAGUAACAACGUCAGCUAGAGUGCUAUUUAAACGUGCGACCCUGCAGAAACCAAAGUAUGAACUACCCGAAUCAGCGUCAUACUACCUUGAAGAAUUUUUAUCAAAGACAUUUGAAACUGAGGCAGAAAAAAGGCCAUCAGCAAGAAGUUUAUUGAGGGAGGACCCGUUUAUAACAGAUGUAAGUGACGUUGAAAGAAUGUAACAGUAAUACCUUUGAAUUUGUAUCUGAUAUGGCUUGAUAUUAAACGUUUCAGAUAGUGAUAUAAUCUAAAACAUUGUUCAAUGUUAUAUUAAAAUAAAUUGCAUUUAUUUAAAAGAAAUGUGUUUCCAUUUAGAAAGUAAGGAAAACUAAAUAAAUUACAGUGAUGUGUUCUGUUUUUUUUUAAUUUACAUGAAUGUAAACUUUUGUUUAUGUAUUUUAAUUAUUUUUUGCAAAUUGGUGA